AUGGGUAGAAACAUUAUAGCAUUAGACGACCUAACGGUCAACAAUCUUGGGGUUUUCAAAAAAAUCAAUGAGGUUUCACUCCCCACAGCAUAUCCAGAAUCAUGGUACACGGCAUCGCUUAAUUCUUCAGACAUCAUUGUCCAACUCGCAUUCUAUUCAGAGUUGCCCGUGGGUGCCAUCAGAGCACGCUCCUUCAACAACAAUCAAAUCAAGUCAUCCUUUGCUGAGGCACUCAACUCAACAACAUUGCAAAAAACACCCAAUUGUAUAUACAUUGAAAGUUUUGCCGUGUUGGAAAAAUACAGAAACUUGGGAAUAGGUUCAGAGUUGCUUUCAUGGGUUAUUGAAGAGACAAAAAAGAGAUUCAUUCAUGAAAUUGUUGUUCAUGUACAAGCGAAUAAUGAAAAAGCUAUAAGCUGGUAUUUGAAAAAGGGGUUUGUAAAACAAGAUCUUGUCAAGGAUUAUUACAAAGAACAGGGCUUGGAAUCACCAGAUGCAUACAUACUAAAGCUACUGGUUUAG